AGGAGGUCCAUCUAAUGCAAUAAUCGAUCAUUACACCCUAAUUCAAUCAUCGGAUCCCCAAUUCAUUCUGCCGUGAAUGCCAAUUCAAUCGUCGGAUCCCCCAUUCAUUCUGCUGUGAAUCCCAAUUCUAUCAUCGGAUCUCCAUUUCAAUCUGAUGUGAAUGCUGAUUCAAUCAUGGACGAUGGAUCCAUCUCCGCGCGCUGUUUGAUCCCCACCCGAUUCGAGCAUCGUCUCCACCCGUCCGGUCUGUUUCUGCGCGUUAGCUUCCAGUUCGCCUCCAAAUAAGUAAGAAUUGCUUCCCAAUUCCAUUUUGGUACAGUUUGGUUGAUGCGGGACGCUUGCUGCUUCUGGGCUUUCCUAAUGCUUUGUCUCUAGAUGAAGAUAAAACAUUCAUGGCGCUGCAUGAAAGGUAUGCAGAUGUUCUCUGUCCCUCGCCAGCGCCCCCAUUUGAAGAAGCCUACAUGGAUAAUUGUUCUGGUCUCGUUAGUUAGCUUUUUCUUGGUUUGUGCUUAUGUCUACCCUGCAACGAAUUCCGCUUCUUGCUUUUUGUUCUCCUCUCGCGGCUGCAAGAACCAUUUUGAUUGGCUUCCCUCUGAUCCUGCUAGAGAAUUAUCAGAUGAAGAGAUAGCUUCUCAUGUUGUAAUUAGAGAUAUUUUGGAUACACCCGCAGUUAUACCAAAAAUCCCAAAGAUCGCAUUUCUAUUCUUAACACCUGGUGCUCUACCAUUUGAGAAGCUAUGGGACAUAUUCUUUCAGGGACAUGAAGGUAAAUUCAGUGUCUAUGUUCAUGCAUCCAAGGAGAGGCCAGUUCAUUUUAGCCGUUACUUUGUAGGUCGGGAGAUCCGUAGUGCCAAGGUUUGUGGUCAUUAUCAAUAAUUGAACUCAAUGUUUCUUGUGCCUAUUCUCUUUAUACAACCUUAUGGGCCAUUUGGUAAUGUUUUGCCUUG